AACUUACAUUUAACCCUACAACGAGAUAGGGUACAACUUUACUUGACAAGAAGGUUGUGAUUUUUAAAAAGACAUUAAAGGUCACUGUCUUGAGUCUACUUUCGUUUUAGUGCAGUACAAAGAGAAAAUCAAAAUGGCGUCAUGGAGAAAGGGAGAUAACAUGUUAAUGGUGGCUGCCAUAGAUUUUGGAACAACAUAUUCCGGGUAUGCUAUUGGAGCAAGGAGUGAACUGGAAGAAGAUCCCCCGAGAGUAUUUUGUCCGGUGUGGCAGGGAAAAGGGGACAUCAUGUCAUUUAAAGCCCCUACAACUGUUCUACUGAAUGAAAAGAAACAAUUCGUCGCCUUUGGAUAUGAGGCAGAAGAGCAAUAUGCAGAACUAGCAGAAGAAGAAGAACAUGAAGGCCAUUAUUAUUUUCGUAGAUUCAAAAUGAUGCUUUAUGACAAAGUCAGGACAAAGCGAUUAACGAUGAACACUACAAUUCCAGACAUUUUAAACAGAGAGAUACCAGCUGUAGAUAUUUUCGCUCAUGCCAUACGCUACUUAAAAGGACAUCUAUUAGAAAAUUUAGAACAAAGGAAGUCCAUUGCUACAGAUAAGGACAUAUUUUGGGUUGUUACUGUUCCCGCAAUUUGGGACGAUCCCGCGAAACAAUUCAUGAGAAAGGCUGCAGAACAGGCAGGUAUAGACAGAGACAAACUACGAAUCGCACUUGAACCAGAGGCAGCUUCCAUCUGGUGCAAACAUCUACCUGUAGAAAAACUUCAAGGAAGUGAUAACAGAAUAGACUCUUUUCAAGUGGGCAGCAAAUAUCUUGUUCUGGACGCAGGAGGUGGAACUAUCGACAUAACUAUUCACGAGGUCAAAGACGAAGGAAAGCUGAGGGAACUGACGAGAGCCAGCGGUGGGGACUGGGGAGGGGUCAGCGUGGACAAAGCCUUCGAGGCAGUUCUAACUGAGAUUGUAGGAGAGGGUCUUAUGGAGGAAUUCCGCCGCACAUAUACGGCCGACUACCUCGAAUUGUUUAGGGAUUUCGAAAUAAAGAAGAGGAAGAGAAAUGAAAGUAAUGAGAAUGAAGCGUUUGUUACAUUGAAAAUACCUCUAAGUUUGGUAGAAAUUUGCAAAAACUUGGCAGGCAAGAUUGCAUGUACCAAAUAUAACGGAAAUAUUGAUCUAGAGUUAGAUAAACUGAGAAUAAACCGUGCAACUUUUGUAGACCUCUUUAGGACCACUUGCGACAGAGUGGUCGAUCAUGUUAAAAAACUUCUCCAAUCACCAAAAGCGAAAGGUGUUGACUUUAUCCUUAUGGUAGGUGGGUUUUCAGAGUCACCAGUUUUGCAAGAUGCAGUAAAAAGUGCUUUUUGCUCCAAGUAUCGGGUCAUUGUUCCCCAGGAAGCCGGACUGACAGUACUUCGCGGUGCGGUGCUUUUUGGAAAAGAUCCCAGUACAAUUGACUGCCGAAUUGCGCAGAGAACUUAUGGUAUAGCUACAACUCGUAAAUUUGAUCCCAAAAUACACAAAGAAUCAAAGAAAUUUCAAGUAAAUGAAGAAGACACAUGUAAGGAUCUUUUUAGUAGACAUGUGAAGAAAGACGACGAACUCAUAUUGAACGUGGCCCAGGCAGAAAAAACUUAUACGCCUUUGAAAGCUGACCAAAAAAGUAUGCUUAUUUCCCUGUAUAAAUCAGAAAACGAUAACCCAAUGUAUAUAGAUGAUCCAGGAUGCACAUUUCUAGGAAGCUAUGAUGUCGAUAUGCAUGACACUACCGGGGGAUUAGACAGGGAGGUCAAGGUUAGCUUGCUAUUCGGGGACACUGAAAUAGAGGUCCAGUCUUUGGUAGUAAGGACCGGUGAUAAAACUUCAAGACAAUUUGAGUUUCUUGAAGAUGAACCUUAAAUUGCUUCUCCUGAAGUUUGAAUGGCACGUGUGGUGGCAUCAUUUAUUUAUCCCUUGUAUAUUUAAAACUAAAACUGUACUGAAUCUUCUAUUUAGUACACGUUAUAUAUUUGGAGUUUAUACACGUUCAGAAUUUAUCGUCAUGUAUUAAUCUAUAAUAAUAAUUAUUAUUAUUUUUAAAAUGACGUCAUAAUUAUAGUUAGAGGAAAUGCUUGAUCUUUUAUUGGUUAUCGUGAUAUAAUAUCAUUUGUAUAUCAUGUCAUAUAAUUAUGUAAAUGUCUAUGUAAUUUUAUCUCACCUGAACUGAAAAAUCACAUGACUUUUGUUUGUUUGUCCGUUCGUAAGUCUGUAAACUUUUCACAUGAUUUUCGUCUUCUUCUCCAGUAAGAUCUAUUAGGCCAAUUUCAACCAAACUUGCUACUAAGGGUGAAUGGGAUUCAAGUUUGUUCAAAUAAAAAAAACAGCACCUUCAUAUAAGGGUAUAUAACUUAGAAAUAGUUAAAUCAUAGUUGGCAUGUUUGAAACCUUCGUGUUAAGAACCACUGGGUCAAGAAGUUGAAACUUUUAGGAACCCUUUUAUCCAUUGUGAAGAAUCAAAUAUUUGUUCGAAUCAUGACCUAGAUAAUGUUAGAACAUAUUUGUAUAUUUUGACAGUCCACUAAAAUCACACCAUUUGAAAUCAGUUACUAUAUUGAAAACCCCAAACCCUGGAAUUAUCGGAUACGAUCCAUAUGUAACACUUACAGCAACCAAUAAAGGAACAUCAUCUACAAGUACUAUAGCAAACUAUUCUACUCAGAAAAAGUAGAAGACUGAACCUGAAUAGUGAUUUUUAAAUUGUCAGGAGGUAAAAUACCUCCUCGAGGCAGGCCUUAUAAAUGUAACUGGCUUAGCAAACCACAUAUGGCCUUGUAAAUCCACCCACAAUCUGGAAAAGGUCAAAGGCUAGGGGGAUUUGAAUUUCUUUUAAUUUUUUUGAAGGGUCACGCCUUCUUCCAAGGGCAGAUAAUUAUGAAUUACUGAAAAAUUUGUGGUAUAUUGUAAAAAUCUUGUCAGAAGCCAUUGGACCAGAAAAGAUGAAACUCAUGU